AUGUACUUAGCAGUCCUAGAGGAUUCUAUGGGUUGCGUCUUGGGUCAGCAUGACGAAUCCGGUAGAAAGGAACAUGCCAUCUACUACCUUAGCAAGAAAUUCACUGAUUGCGAAUCAAGGUAUUCUUUGCUUGAAAAGACUUGUGGUGCCCUCGCCUGGGCUGCCAAACGACUAAGGAAGUACACGGUGACACACACCACUCUAUUGAUCUCCAAAAUGGACCCAAUUAAGUACAUAUUCGAGAAACUUGCUCUGACUGGAAGAGUUUCCUGUUGGCAGAUGGUCUUGACUGAAUACGACAUUCAACAUGUCACCCAAAAAGCCAUCAAGGGAAGUGUAUUGUCUGAUUACUUGGCCCACCAGCCAGUAGAGGACUAUCAACCGAUGAAAUUUGAUUUCCCUGACGAGGACAUUCUGUUCAUAAGGGAAUGCAAUAUUCCAGGCCCCGAGGAAGGCCCUAAACCAGGAUCGCGAUGGACACUCGCGUUCGAUGGUGCUUCCAAUGCACGAGGCCAUAGAGUAGGUGCCUUCAUUACUCCACCGAUAAGUUUUCAUCUUCUUUUUACCGCGAGAUUAUGCUUCGACUGCACCAACAAUAUGGCAGAGUAUGAAUCUUGUAUCUUCGGUAUCGAAGCAAUAAUCGACUUGAGAAUCAAAAUACUUGAGGUUUAUGGGGACUCAGCUCUCGUCUCAGUCAAGUGA